GUGACACACGCGGCUUCAGUAGGUAGGCUGCCAGCUCUGACAUGUAAACAAACUUCGAAAAUACUAAUUGCAGCAAAAGUGUGAAGACGUGAGAAUGGCAGAACAGCACAUACAGGCAAAGCUCGUCACCUUUCUGAAACAGGAUAAAAUUCAGCUCUGGAAACCUCCAUUCACUACAGACAGUAAUGAAGCUGGACAUGAACAUAUGCAGGAGCUUGCUGUUCGGUAUUCCCAAGUUGUCGGAUUCCCUCAGCCUGAUGUGGAAAUUGCUCUGGAGGACAUAAGAUGUCUAGCAGUUAAUAGAGGAAAAGGAAACAAAACCUACAGGGAGACAAAUAUUGCAACUCUGGAGCUUAUCUUGCCAAAGGAAAUGAAAAAGGGUAAUAAAAAGAAAAACUACUUUGAAACAAAACUGGAUAUCACUGCUGAAGAACUGAUGAAUAAGAUCAUUGAGGGAUUUGAUCUCAAACACAUUAAGCUGAUUUUGAAUGGAAAGACUCUGUCUCCUGAUAAGCAACUUCACGAGCAGAAUGUAAAGAAUAACAGCAAAAUUAUGGUGCUAAAGCUGAGUGAGCCAGAAGGUAAAAGAAUGAUGAUGGAAGCAGAGGAAAAAAAGCGACAUGAUGAAGAAACUAUGAAAAGGACCCAGAAAGGCUUUCAGAUCCUCUCAGAAAGAGAUGGUAGUGAAGAUCCAGCAACCACCCCUUAUCUGGAGAUAGCAGAUCAGAAAGGCAACCCUAUCCACAUUCCACUCCGUGAGAAAAAAGCUCUUAUUCUGGCAAUGGGCUUUCAUGAGAAAGGCAGAGCAUUAAUGAAGAGAAAGGAAUAUGAAACAGCUCUCUCUUACCUGCUUUCAGCAGAUGAGCAGUUCAGUAAAUGUGGUUCUGCACUGCUGAACACAGUGGAUAACUAUGCAGUGCUGCAGUUGGACAUUGUGUGGUGUUACCGUGCUCUAGAGGCACUUAACUGUUUGGAGGAUGGUAAGCAGAGGCUGCAGAAAGCUGAGGAAUGCUUCCUUAGAUGCUAUGGGGAAGAGAAGAGGAGACUGCAGCAAAUCAAGGGUACUACAGGUGGAGAGGAGGUGCUAUUCCUAAGGCUUUAUCUCCUCCAGAGUCUUCUGGCCUACCUGGAAGGUAAUGAGACCCAGGCUGCUAAUAAACUUCAAAAGGUAGAGGAGCUCUACAGCCAUUUGUGUCUGGAUCCAGAGAAGAUGACCCUGUUGAUGAGUAUGGGAUUUAGCGAGCAGGACACUCGUCUUGGCCUACGAGCCUGUAGAGGCAACUUGGAUGAGGCAGCCCUGCACAUCACCCGCAAAAGAAAUGAGCGAAAAGAGAUAAAGCAAAGGGAGCAAGAGAAGAGAAGGCGGCGUCUGGAAGCCAUCAACACACUGGUAGAGCUUGGCUAUGAAAAAAAUGCAGCCGCCAAGGCCCUCCAUAAGACCAAGGGAAAUGUGGAUGAAGCCUAUAAGUAUCUUCUGAAUUCAGAAGCUGGCAACUAUGAGAUGUCUCAGGCUGAUACAGAUACACAGACCAAAGUGGAUCAGAUGGCAUACCUGGGCUUCCAGAGGGGGGACGUAGAAGCAGCUCUAAGCUUGGUUGGAGGUGAUGUGGUUCAGGCCACUCAGCUCCUCUUGGAUAAUCAGGGUUUUAUUCCCCCAGAGCUACAUUCACCCUCAGCUCCAUCCUUAUCAUCAGAUGAGCCCAGCACCUCAUCUGAGGACUCCACGGCAUCUGGGUCAAGCAGUCUGGAUGCAGAAUUGGUGAAUGAGGUUUUGGAGGACAUCCCCAGACAUGAGGAGGAUUACUUGGAUGUGACUUUGGAGGAGGAGGAGAAUGUCAUUGCACUAAUGAAGUCAUAUCUGCAAAAAAGCUCAGCACGUCCGAGCUAAGCCUAUUGCUUGCUGAAAUCGUCAGGGAUCCGGUAAUAAGGGAAAAUUAUCAGUGACCCUCAUACUGAAUCAGUAAUGGUUACAGGUCAGCUAUAAAACAUAGUAAAUCUGCAAUAAUGUAAGUUUAUUUUGUUCAUUGUUUUACAUUGUAAUAAUGGAUAAUUCAGUUUUGACAUGGCUUCUAAAUAAAAAAAAUAGCAAAAAUUUAAAGAUAAACUGGGUUUAACAAUAAAUAAUACCAUAAUAAAAAUAAUUUGUGUUGUAUAAUAUUUUUUGAAUAAUUCUUUAAAUGUCAGGACAAAUCUUUUAUCCUCAUUUUUUAUUUAUCUUAAAUUAAGUUUGGCUUUUCAACAUUUACCUCUAAAAGGGAUAAUUUUUUGUGUUAAAUAUAAGCUUGGAAGCAAGAAUUAGUUUUGAUUUCAUUGUUCUUUAUUUCAAGUACCUUAAAUGUUCCGUUUGCUUCAACUCUGUUUAAGUUCAUAUUCAAGUUGCAUUCAAAGAUGUUUUGUUAAAUAUGCAAUAAAUGUUUAAU